AUGACCGAAGCGCAAAAGUACCAGGGCGCCCUAUAUAAAGAGAAACCGCAGAAAGGGAACAAGCAAAAUAAGAAACAACCCGAUAAUUCCAAGACACUCACUAAUACCAACGGAAACUCAGCCAAUACGAAGGCUAACACCAAGAAACCUCGCCAUCCUUACGUUGAAGACGCACCAGAUACCGAUGAUCCUCCAGCCGAAAAAGUCCCUCCUGCCGCCCCCAGUCCUCCGCAAACAUCAAAAACCCCCGCUUCGGCCUCAAAAGCAAAAGUGGCUGCGCCUGCUGAAGAAGACGUCAACGUCUUUGACUUUCUGGUCACUGACCAGACACCCACUGCUUCGAAAAUUUCGUUGGCUGCCGGUAAAGGGCCGAUGAAAAUGGUAGCUAAUGCGCGUUCGGUAUUCGAACCGGGAAAGGCCCUGGCUCAAUACGAUACGGAUGUUGACGACGAAGAUCGCGAAUAUGAUGUCGCCUACGAAGAAAAUGGGUUCUCAUAUGGCGCAGAUCCUAUCAAGCCAUCACUGUAUGAAAACCAAGUGUCCAACGUUUCCAUGGACUUCAUGACUCCGGCACCGAAGAAGAAAGAGAAGAAGCACAAGAAGAAGGACAUUGAGCGCAGCUCCCCAGACCCAACCCCAAGAACGACGAGCGACAAGAAACGCAAGCGCGGCCAUGUCGAAGAAUUGGAUGUUGAAGCCGCCAAUUCGCGGUAUGAGGAGGAUACUCCCAUGACGGAUGCCCCAUCCAGCGUUACCAAUAACGUGGGAACACCUUACCUUCAGCAUUCUGGGUUGACAGGAGGGUUGGACCGUAUGCUCCGAGACAGAUCGCUUUCGCCGGACUAUGAAGAUUACACGGACGAUGAGCACGACCUUCGCCGAUACCAAGACCCCCAGUCUCCUCUCAAGCGCACUCGCCCGAACGAAAAGCUUGCAGCUAUUAAUAAAAGCAAUGGGAAUGCGGACGAUGGUUUGGGAAUUUCUCUCAAGGGUCGUGCUGGUCGCAUCAUAUCUAUGUUCGGCGGAUCCAACAUAUCAACUAGUAGUCGGGGAAGCGCCGAACCUUCAAACAAAGCCCUUGUUCGCACCCGAAAUAGUCCCUCUAAUGGCGACGAGCUAGUUCAAGUGCGCCGCUCCAAGAAAACAAAAGAUAGCACGGCUAUCGACGCAAUUGACGAGGUACGUAAGACGAAGCGUAAAAUCAGCUCACAGAGCAACGGUAACGACCAUUACGACUCGACCCGGCCAUCCCGUCGUCUGAAAGCGAUUGAGCAGCGCGGCGGAUCCGACAGUGGUGGCGAUGACAACCGCAAGAUGGUCCUCUACCGGAACGGUGAUGACGAAGCUCUCACGGACGAAGAGCAAGAACGCGACAAGGCUCUUUACUUUUUGUCAUUAGUUACAAAAGGCCCCGAGAGUGGACGUGGUUGCUCGAUCAACAAAACCCUCAAACGCUUUCAUCGCGAUUAUCCGGCGCGCAUAGAAUCUUCCGAGGAUCAUCACGACGAGCGUCGCGGUCGGGGACGUAGCAGUCGGGUAGAUCGGGAUCGUCGUCAGGAAGAGGAGAAGGACUUGUGGCGUACCUUGCGGCUGAAGAGGAAUGAUCGGGGUGAGAUUGUCGUCUUUCUGUAA